AUGCCGGAUAUAUAUACUUAUUGCUUGAUGAUUGCUAAUGUAUUAGCAAAUCAUCCAAUUCAUUCACUUGCACGAGCUGAAGCAUCAUUUGCCACAUUUUUAUCAUUCAUUCCGUUAUUGACCGAAUCUUUCACACUAAAAUUAUCAUAUGCGGGUGAAAAAAAUGAAAAUGAGGAUGGUGAGGAGAAAGAAGAAAAAGAAGUAAAAAACCUUCCAAUAAGAAAACGUGGCCCAACCUUAAAAUGGGCCUAUAUUAGUGCCAUACAAUAUCUUUUCAAAGGAUGGCUAAUUGUUUUGCAAAAUUCAGAAUUUAUUGUAGAAGUGAUGAAUUAUGCGAUUGAUUUUGGGCAAAUAACAAUCGUAAUGAUUUCAUCAUUUAUGCAAAUGGUAUUUUCUACUCCAUUUGGUGAUCGCGAAGAGAUAUCAUCACCUUUGCCCGAUCGUGAAAUUUUCAAAGAAAUAUUAAUGAAAAUUGGAUCGUUUUCAUCUUAUUUUUUAGAUGAAAUGCUACCAAAAGUAUAUACAAUACUUGCUGAAACAUUGGAAGAAUUUUUGUCAACGUUGGAAACAGGAAUGAGUAUGGAAGAUUUAGAAGAUUUUCGAGAAAAUAUGCAUUGGAUUAUACUUAUUAUUGGUCAUGUAUUAGUUGAGGAAGAUGAAGAUCGUAAUUAUGUAUGGCAAAGCAAAUUAUUAGUUCAUUAUGAAGAUAUGGUGGAAAAAAAAUCGAUAGAUAUCGAUAAAUAUGCAUCAUAUAUGGAAGCAUGCAUCAAUACACCUCAAUUAUUAACCGAUCCAUCAGAAGUCGACCUUCUGAUGAAAAUUAUUGGUACUGUAUUUGCUUGGUGUUCUAUUGAGGAUAUACUACUAAAAGAUCAUGGAAUAACAGCGAUAAAUGUGGAAUUAUGUGGUACAUCGUUGUGGUGCACGAAACGAUUACUUUCAGCGAUUGGAUUGCAUAUUCAAAAAUCGAACAAAAAAAGUCAAUUAGCUGAAGUAUCAGAAAAUAUUACCCAAAUAUUAGUUGAUUUUGCUUUGCAAAAAGCAUUUCGAAUUUUUGAUAUUAUGCCGAAUGAGAGAAAGACAUGUAUGGAUGCUGUUGAAUUACUUGCUGCUUUGGCACAAGCAUUAUAUUGUGAAACAUCAAAGAGUACUUUUUUAUUCUCAUAUUUAUCAGCGAUCAAAACUGACCAAAUAUUAGUUCGUUCUUCUCUGCUAAAAGUGUUAUUACAAAUUGGCAGUAUAAUUGAUGAUGAAGCGCAACAGAAAACUUUAUAUGAAAUGAUUUUAAUACCUAUAAGAACUAAAUUCAUAUCAAUGUGUGAGAAUUCGUUAGAAACAGAUGAGAAAUUUGACGAUUUGUUGGAUUGUUUUUGUGCUGUAACUCAUGGCACUCAAAAAUGUUUCGCAGAAUUCUUAUUCGCAUAUCUAAAACCAGUUUUAAAAUAUUCUGUCCCACUAUUAUCAGUGUACAAAAAUACAGCAAUUAUUAUCAGUGCUGUUCUUCAAUUUUUUGAUUGCUUAACGAAACGAUUAUAUGUGUAUUGUGAUAAUCAUCAGGAUAUGGUAUUCAUUUAUGAGGUACUGUUGUCUGUUAUUCAAACUUACGAAAAACAUCAGAAAGAACGCUACAAGAAUUUAGAUGAUAAGGACAAAACAUCAGAGUUGGUAUUUUUGUUUGAAAUCCUUACAAACACUUUGGAUAAAAGAAGUCAACCAGUCAAUUUGUCAACUGGUAAGAUAGAAUUUGUCGAAAAUCGUUCACGCAUUGUUCUAGCAGCAUGGAAUAUGAUAAUACGUGUGAUGCAACCUGAACUCUUCAAAAUACCUUUAUUACGUAAAAGCUUUUAUCGUUUUCUCAGAUGUUCAACUGAAAUGGCCCCCGAAUGUAUGGUAAAAUUCUCACGGGAAAAUCUGACGAUAUUUGUGGAAUAUCUCAAAAAUGGUCUACAAUUAGAUAAUGAGAAAGAUGAUUUAUUAUGUAAUCUGAAAGACCGUUUCGAAAAAGAGAUUUCAAUUAAUUCGGCACUUGCAAUAGCUCAUUUGGGUACAUAUUUUGCCAAACAUACAAGAAAUGAUACGACAAUGAAAGUCUUUUCUCUUGUUAUUGAACCAACAUUUGCAACAUGCCUGAAUGCCCUGUGGCAAGAGGAUGCGCUAAGUUCAGCCACAUCAGCAGCCUUAUAUUCUUUAUUGUGUUGCGACGAGGAUGGCUGUAAAACGUGCGUCAAAAAUUUAUUAUCUCAUGAAGCAAACCACCCAAAUAGGACGAUCCUACGAACUGCUUUCCGGACAUUGACGUUCCUUGGUCCGGGAAAACAUCCCGAAAAAUGUGAAAAACGAAAAUUUCACGGCCGUUUGAAGCAAUUCUUGAUCGAUAUAGAGGGUCUGCUUGUUGUUGAAUGA